UAGAUGAAGAGAAUGUUUAUGGAAGCUCAAGGUUUGUGGGAUGUUGCUAUUAAGCAGUAUAACAGUGCAUGCUGAAUUCAUGUGGUUGGACGAGGUUUGAACAUUGAGACAUAAGCAACUGAAGCUGUCAUCAAUAAAACUCUGUUCUAUUUUAUCAUCAAAACCUUCGUCUCGUGUCCUGUUUGUGCUGCUCUCCUCUAGCAAUGAUCGAUCAACCUCUUAACUGACAGAAGCCUGUUAAACAAGUAAACUUAUAUUUUUUGACGUGAUCUGGCAUCUGGGGCUGGAUCGUUUUUUAUUUUAUCUGGUGUGGAGAUCUGAUCUAACACCCUGUUUCUUUGUAUCUGCCACUCAAUGUUUUGUUUGCUUUCACACACAUGGGUGGUGUCAUUAUUACGCAUUUAUUCAGGACCAGAAAUGAACGUUAUGCCAAUGCACACGCUCUUUGUCUACACCAUGUGAGACUAAUAAACAUGUAAUGGGUCACUUGUGAAAACUGAGAUGCUGUGUCAUCUACCAGGUGUUGUCAUGUAGAGCAGACACAAGAUCACACGUCUGUUUGUCUGCUCAUUAGGUCUAAAAUCUAUUUGGGUGUCUUUGGGUUACAACAAGCACCAUACAUCCCACACUGGUUAAGACACAAUCAUUUGGUCAAAUGCUCUCAGAAUUGUUGUGAGCUAUAGCUUUAAAAAGCAAUAUGAACAAUGCCUCUUGUAGUGAUGAUUAUUGACAAUUGUCUGAAACUGUAAACCUCUAAAUAAAUUUAUUUUUGUGGAUAGUUUCUUGCCAAAUUACUUUGAAAGAGAGUGUCUGUUAAAAAGAAAGUGCAAAGCUCAAUAUAGUGUGAAAUGUGUUUAAUUGUCUUUGAAGGAAAACCUAAACCUUCAUUAAAUCUUUAAGGUAGCUCUUCUUGUGACAUCAGAGCCAGGUGUCAUAUAUCCCAGUGAGUGAGAGUGCAUCGAACAGUUUAAAUGAAUGUGGCAUACUGUCUGGCAGGUCAUCUGGAAUGCCUUUUGAUUUUUUUCUUUGAACAUUAAGGAAAUUCUAAUAUUCCCAUUUAAGGGGCUUGAUUUAUUUUAUAUUACUUAGCUUUAAGGUCAUUAAAUAAAGAUUGUCUUCUGUGCAUUGUACCGAUGUCUUUAUCUUCAACAGAGAGUUUUCUGUCAAAAAACUUUGAACUGAAAUCAAAUCAUUAAGAUGAACGUUUUGCCUCAUUUAACAUACUAAUAUCAAUCGAUAUGGCAUAUGUGAGGUCACGUGGCGUUGCUAUGGAAAUAGAGAGUCAGUUACUCGAGAGCAGUUGCACACCUGUGCAGUAAUUUGUUAGACCGCAGGUGCAAGGUAAGAAAUUCAGAUACUAAUAGAGAUCAGAAGGGCAGAAAAAUGCCAAAGAAAAGUGAUACAGCAAGAAAACUGGAAGACGUUGGAAUAGAUAUUGAUGGAGAAGUGGAAAGUGCUGAAGAGGAUAACAACAGAGUCAAAGGCAAGGGUGCUAAAAAAGCAGCCACUGGCAAACGUGGCAAGGCAGCUGCAAGUGAGGAUGGUGAAGAUGAGGAUGAUGUACCCCCUAAAGGUCGUCGAGCGGCCAAUAAAAAGAAACCAUCCCGGGCAGAGGCGGAUGAGGAAGACAGCGACGAUGGCAUUCCUCAGAGGAGAUGCGCAGGAAACAGGCGAAGAGGAAAAGUGAAAGACAAGGGCGGAGAAGGGGGAGACAACAAAAAAAGCAAGAAAGGUGGGAGAAAAAAGAAAAAUGCUAAAGAGAAAGAAAAAGAUAAAGACGGCGAUGAUGAUAAGAAGAAGAAAAAGAAUAGCAGUGAUGAAGAUUCGAAAUCUGAUGAAGAUGAGGACUCUAUGUCUGAAGGAGAAAUGGCCAGAUUGAUGGAGGAGGUAGAGGAAAAGAAGAAACUGAUAGCAAACAUCAGGAACAAGCCCUGGAGAAUGAGGAGACGACUCAAAGUUCUCAAGGAGGCUCAGCAGUUUGUGGAUAAAUUUGAGGGCGCUCUGGGCAAAGGCAAAGGCAGAAAGCUAUAUGCCUACAAAGUCAUGAUGAUGAAGAAAUGGAUCAAAUUUCAAAGAGAUUUUGACAAUUUUAAAACAGCUUGCAUACCUUGGGAACGGAAAAUAAAGGAAGUUGAGAGUCACUUUGGGUCAUCAGUUGCUUCAUACUUUAUUUUCCUGCGUUGGAUGUACGGCAUGAACAUGGUCCUCUUCGGCUUGACCUUCGGCCUGGUUGUGAUACCAGAGGUUCUCAUGGGACUUCCAUAUGGGUCCAUUCCUCGGAAAACUGUGCCAAGAGCGGACCAAGCCAGUGCAAUGGAUUACUCUGUUCUGACGGACUUCAACGGUUACUGCAAGUACUCAGUACUUUUCUAUGGCUACUAUAAUAACCAGAGAACCAUUGGCUUCCUGAAGUUUCGCCUCCCUCUGUCUUACCUCAUGGUGGGCAUUGGGACCUUCGGGUAUAGCCUCAUGGUUGUGAUCAGAACGAUGGCUAAAAACGCAGACGUGGGGGGAGGGGACGGUGAGGACAAUGAAUUCACCUUUGCCUGGAAGAUGUUCACCAGCUGGGAUUAUCUUAUUGGGAAUGCUGAGACAGCCGACAAUAAAUAUGCCUCCAUCACUACCAGCUUCAAAGAGUCUAUCGUGGAUGAACAGGAGAACCAAAAAGAUGAGAACAUACAUCUCAGAAGGUUCUUACGUGUCCUAGCAAACUUCCUCAUCACUUGUACUUUAGGAGGAAGCGGCUAUCUCAUCUACUUUGUAGUCAAACGCUCCCAAGAGUUUGCCAACAUGGACAACCUCUCAUGGUAUGAGAAGAAUGAGCUCGAGAUCAUUAUGUCCCUUUUGGGUCUGGUUGGUCCAAUGCUCUUUGAGACUAUUGCUGAAUUGGAGGAAUACCAUCCACGUAUUGCUCUCAAGUGGCAGCUGGGACGUAUAUUUGCGCUCUUCCUUGGUAAUCUCUACACAUUCCUGCUUGCUCUGUUUGAUGAGGUUAAUGCAAAACUAGAAGAAGAGAAGUCCAUAAAGAAUGCCAGCAUCUGGAUAAUGAAGGAGUAUUAUGCCAACUUUACAGCCAACAACCCAAACAGCACAGCCACCCCACCUCCUAUGGACCCUGCUGAUAUCAUCAGAGGGCCAUGCUGGGAGACCACAGUGGGAAUAGAGUUUGUGAAGCUGACUGUAUCAGAUAUUCAGGUGACGUAUCUGACCAUCCUAAUUGGUGACUUUCUGAGAGCACUGAUUGUGCGUUUCCUGAACUACUGCUGGUGCUGGGACCUGGAAGCUGGCUGGCCUUCCUAUGGUGAAUUUGACAUUAGCGGCAAUGUGCUUGGUUUGGUUUUCAAUCAAGGAAUGAUCUGGAUGGGGGCGUUCUAUGCUCCUGGUCUGGUUGGAAUCAAUGUUCUACGUCUCCUGACUUCUAUGUACUACCAGUGCUGGGCGGUAAUGGCCUGCAAUGUUCCUCAUGAGAGAGUCUUUAAAGCUUCUAAAUCAAAUAACUUCUACAUGGGCCUGUUACUGCUCAUUCUUUUCCUGAGUCUCCUGCCUGUGGUUUACACCAUUAUGUCUUUACCUCCUUCCUAUGACUGCGGACCUUUCAGUGGCAAGGAAAGAAUGUUUGAUGUCAUUAUGGAGACCAUUGAUCUGGAUCUACCAGCAUUUAUGGGGACGCUCUUCAGCUAUGCAGCAAAUCCUGGGCUCAUUAUACCCGCAGUACUGCUCAUGGUGCUGGCAAUUUAUUAUCUGAAUUCAGUGUCAGAGGCCUACAAGAAUUCCAACAUGGAGCUAAAAAAGAAGAUGCAGAUGGCACGAGAUGAAGAGAAAAACAGACGCAACAACAAAGACAGCACCAACCAGGUGAUGAAGGACUUAGAGGAUCUGCUUCCAAGUAAUUCUCGGGCACUCCAUGCCCAUCCACAACAUAAUGCAGAAAAAAAACCUGACCAUGGUGGGAAAUCCCCAAAAGUGAAACCAGGCGCUGCUGGAGGUGGAGUGCAUCUACAGAAAGAUGUGUCACUCGCAUCAGCCAAUCCUAAUGCCCGGGGGCCUGUGACUCGAGCACCAGGCCCCCGGGGACCGGGACCACUUCCUGGCCAACCAGGGGCUGGCAGGGGCCAAGGGCCACCCCCUAGACGGCAGUAAUGUGUGACCUAUUUAAUAUUGUUUGCACUUGUUGUCUAUGUGCGUAACUCUGCUUUAGAAGUGGUAUUGGUUAUUUUUUUUAAAGAAAAUAAUAUAAUAAGAAUAAUAAAUGCUCAUAUGUGUUAUAUUUUUAAUGUGUGUCCAUGAUAUUACUGCAUACCUGUUGCUUAUUCACAGGGUUGAGGACUAACAGAUUACAGAAUACCUUACAGUUUUGUAAAAAAAACAUAGUAAUACGAUCAGUUACAUUUGGUAAAAAAUGGAAAUACUUUCAGGAUCACAAUGGUUUCACUUAAAACUAAAUAAAUCAUUAUUUUGGCAUGAUAAUACUUAGUUUCAAGCACUGCUUGAUUGUACAGUAGUUCCUGUUUCUGUUGUCAGUGAUGACUCACUUAAGCCACCUGCUGGUGCAUGCGCAAAUAACACACUACGUUUCCUACAGACACAGAUAUAACACAGCUAAAUGAGACAGUGCUCCCCACAGGGAAAAUCAUGUUAGCUAAAAUGUUGUGUUUGUUAGUGCUUUCAAUUUCUGUGGUUGUAUGAUUGCAGUUGUAAGUUUUCUAGUGGCUCCAGAAACUGUACAAAUUAACAUAAGAGUAGUCUACUAAGUUACAGUGUCCCUUCCGGGGCUGGUUCUAGAUAUUUGGAGGCCCUAGGCAAAAUUUAUGUGGAGGCCCCUCAAAUCCCUCUAAUUUUCAGAAGUGUUUUUUUCUACCCUGUAAGAAAUCAUUUAAAGCAACACUAUGUAGUUUUUUUUUACCUUUAAAUAAUGUCUCUAAAAUUAUUUCAGUGAUAGAAUAACUUUUAACUGGACAAAUUGUACUGUUGCUGCAACCUGAGCAGCCUCCUAGCUGCUACAAGCACACUCUGAAAGUGGCGGUGGAGGGUAGGAAACACAGCCCCGCUCCUCCCCCUGCCUGCAGAAGAGUGUCUGAUACCAGGCACUGUUGCGCUUUUCAACCACAUGGGGGAGCUGCAAGUCAUUUUUACAUGGAAACUACAUAGUGUUGCUUUAAGCACUACAGUGAUUAAACAUGUUUUUCCCAUUACUUUUCUGUUUGAUCAACUUAACAAAUUGAUUAAAUUUAUGUUAAUUUAAUUAGAAAUUAUGCAAAACCACAUGUGUUGAACAUUUUAAGGCAGGUCAAAUUUGUUGUUGUUGUGGAUGCACUAAUUUAUUUAAAACACCACCUUUUUGGGAUAACACAGGAUAAAAGUUUUGCUUUCUUCAAAAUAAAAAGUUAUCUAUUAGACUAUGGAUAUAUUCACAUGUAUUUCAAUACCUUUUUAUACCAUAAAUAUCCAUUUAAAUCACCUGCCACUGGAAGUUAAACAGACAAACUACUAAGCAGAAUAAUUUUUUUCAAUAAAUAUACAUACCUGUCAAGUUUUGGAUUGGAAAAUAAGGGAAAUGUCCCGGCCCCCACCGUGAGCAGUCCCACCACUCCAACCAAGCUCCAGUAGGCCUAUCCCUUACUUACUACAUUUUAUAUAUAUGAAGAGCAUUAA